AUGAAGAUCCAGCGGAUAUUCGUCUAUCCCAUAAAAUCGCUCGGCCCAGUCGAGUUGGCCGCAGCAGAGAUCACCAACGAAGGCCUCAGAUUCGACCGCCAAUAUGUCCUGGUCAAGCCGCCCCACGAGCAGUCAGCAGGCCUGGCCGAGCACAUCACCAUCAAGACGACGUUCCAACUGGGCCUCUUCAAGCAGUCCAUCGACAAGUCAUGGUCUAAGCUGACUGUGACCCAUACGCAGGCUGAAGACAAAGCCGUCCUCGUACUUCCGCUAUCUCCAUCCCCGCUCAGCUUAUUGAACGCAGAGACUUUUCAAGUCAGUAUCUUCGGGACUAAGGCGCCUGGUCUGGAUAUGGGCGAGGAGGCUGCGCGAUAUUUCUCUCAUCAUCUUAAGCAGACUGUGCGAUUGCUCUACAUCGGCGGGAACGGCCAGAGAGAGAUCCCAGGUGCUGCGUUUAUUCCCAAAAACUACCAGGCUGUCUCGAUAUCUGUCAACGACAGAUUACAGCCGCAACGAGUGCGCUUUGCAGAUGCCGCGCCCCUUCUUAUCACUUCUACAGCAUCUGAGGAGGACGCACGAAGAAGAUUGCCACCCUCAGCUCGGGGUGAGGACCUGAUUGUACGCUUCAGACCAAACAUUCACGUAGAUGUCGGUGACGCACAAGCACCCUAUGAUGAAGAUACGUGGAACAUGCUAUCAAUCAGGCCAAAGCUCGAUCCGGCACAGGAGAUAAUGGUGCGAUGUCUCUUCAAGACGGUCAGAUGCCUCAGCCUGAACGUUGAUCUGUCAAAGGGUGCGAUGAUCACGACACCCAAUCAGCUCUUCGGUCUCUUGAUGAAGGAUAGACGGACAAGCCAGUCUUCGGCCAAUACGCCUGCGCAGGACCAAGCGGCGCCGUACUUCGCAUUGGCGACGAAGUAG